AUCUCACCUGAUUCUAACUCUUUAGUUGUAUCCACAAAAAAUCCCUUUUUCAUUCUUCAAAAUCAUCCCUUCUUUUUCUACUUUCUUCAAAUCAAUCAAUAGUAUCCAUAGAUGCCCAUUUAUUCCAGUUUCAACCCAAUAAUAAUAAUUUUAAAGAAUAUAAUUCCUUUCUAAAUGGUUUCACUUCAAGAAUCUCAUAACUCAAACCCACCGGGUCGGUUCGAAAUAACCCGACCCUAUUAUACACCACCUCCAUCAUCCGCCGCUUCAUCACCAUCUAGGUUCCAAAAACAUCUUGGUCGGUCCAUGAGAACUGUCCGGUCUAAUUUCCACCAUUCAGAUUACACCACCGACAACAGCUGUUCCUCGAUAAUAUCUGAAAACCUUACCGAUUCUGUCAUCGAUGUCCAUUUACAACAACUCGCUACGGCUAACAACAUCAAUGUUAACAAAUCAUCAUCUUCCACUUGUUCAUCGGAUGAUUUAAUAGCACUUGGUCUUUCUCAAGUGUUUAGCGAUUACUCUACUUAUAGCAGCGAUAUUUCUGGAGAGUUGCAGCGGUUGGCGGGAUUGCCUGAAGAAGAAGAAGAAGAUUCAAAUCAAGAACAUAAUACCCCUGAAACCAACACUGAUUUGUUUCUGCAGCGGGAAUGUUUUUCGACAGAAAUAAUUGAAAACAUUUGUACGGAGGAUUUACAGCCGACUGUAAAGAUGUGUGUUGAUAGUCUGAGUUCGAGCUCUGUGACAAUGAAAAGAUCCGCAGCUGCUAAACUAAGGAUGCUAGCGAAGAACAGAUCAGAUAACAGGGCUUUGAUCGGGGAGUCUGGAGCAGUGCCGGCUCUGAUUCCGCUGCUUAGGUGUUCCGACCCAUGGACGCAAGAACACGCCGUGACGGCUUUACUUAAUUUAUCUUUACUAGAUGAAAAUAAGCCAUUGAUAGCUGGUGCAGGUGCUGUCAAGUCCUUAAUAUAUGUCUUGAAGACAGGGACGGAGGUUUCUAAACAAAAUGCCGCGUGUGCGUUACUCAGUUUGGCUAUGAUUGAUGAAAACAAGGUGUCGAUUGGGGCGUGCGGGGCCAUACCGCCUUUGGUUUCCUUACUGAUUAACGGGUCUAACCGAGGGAAGAAAGACGCUUUAACUACGCUGUAUAAGUUAUGCUCUAUGAAGGCGAAUAAGAAAAGGGCAGUGAGUGCAGGGGUAGUGAAGCCGUUAGUGGACCUGGUGGUGGCUGCUGGAGAGGCGGAACAAGGGGCGGUUGGGAUGGCGGAGAAAGCUAUGGUGGUUUUGAGCAGUUUGGCGGGUGUUGAGGAAGGCAAGACUGCGAUUGUGGAAGAAGGCGGUAUUCCUGCACUUGUUGAAGUAAUUGAAGAUGGUGCUUCUGUUAAAGGGAAAGAGUUUGCGGUGGUGACUUUUUUGCAGCUGUGUGAAGGGGUUAAUGGGGCUAGAAAUCGAGGGUUGUUGGUUGGAGAAGGUGUGAUUCCGCCGUUGGUGGCUCUUUCGCAGACCGGGACUGCCAGAGCUAAACACAAGGCUGAAAGACUUUUGGGUUACUUGAGAGAACCAAGACAAGAAGCUUCCAGUUCUAGCCCAAAGUAAAAUGUUUUGACUUGCUAUGAGAUGCAAGUAGUAUGUGUUUUGCUAGAGUUUGUUGACUGUAUAUAGGAACUUUUAUUAUUUUUUUAAUUUUAUAAUGAUUUUGUAUAGAGUGGUUGACUGGUUGUUAAUAAGUAUGGGAUUCUUAUAUAAAGAAAAACAACUUUGACCAGUUGUAAGUUAAGACUUAAGAGUAGUGAGAGAAGAAGAAGAAGCUGACUUUAGGUUUUGCUCUGUUUUUUUUGUUUGUGGUUAAACCAUGGGCUUGUAGUUUUGUUUGCCUAUUAUGUUGUUGACUUGGGUUAUCAUCAUUCAUAUAUUUUGGUUGUUUCA